GACCGAUUCCAUGUUCCAUCAAUCAACUACCAAAUUCCAAACAAAGCCUUAAUUUGUUUUGUUCUCUCUCCCUCUCUCUCUCUUGUUUCUUUACAUUUAACCUUGAGGAUCUAAUCCUUUCUUCUCCAAUUCCUUUUCUCUUUCUUUUGGGGGUAAAAUCUGCUAGAGAAGCAUGAGUUUUUUUUCAGUAACGUUUUGAUUUGUUGCUGAUUUGAUCUCCAUUUGGAUUUCUUCACUUCCAAAAUUGUCUCCAAUUGGGAAGAAUCCAAUUCAGUGGACCAUUUGGUCGGAAUUGGCAUUACUGAAUUCUAGGGAUCUGUUUUCAAUCACAUACUCUGGGUUUCUUGUAUCGAAACGGAUGGAUUUACCCAUUUGUUGUCUGAAGGUGGUGGCUUUUCCAUUGAUGGAUCACUGGUGGGAUCCUGUUUUCACUUGAGUUGAGGAUCCACUGAGCAGUGAUUCGUGAAACUGAUCCAUGGAUGCGGUUGUUUCUCAGCCUAAUAGCUGCAAAAUCAAGCCCUUAACGACAGUAGAGCCUUUGAGAGGUGAGGCUGCUCCUGAUAGGAAAGCAGAAGAUGAAUCGAACCCUUUACUAUCGCCUCGAAGGGGUGGUAUAUCGAAGAAACCAAAGAAGUCGCGGCGGAAAGUGCAGUGGAAUGAUAGAAACGGUAAUAAGCUUGUGGAAGUUUUGGAAUUCCAACCAAGCGACGCAAGUGACACUGAUGAUGACGACUCGGACUCAUGUAUCUGUAGCAUAAUGUAGAUCAAGUCAAAGAAGCAAAUUUAUUAGCUGGAUAUCAAGGGGACCCCCACCUCCUACUCUAACUUUGAUCAUGUUCUGGAUUUUUAUCGUUCUCCAACUUGGGGACAUAAAGAUGGACCACCUACGAGAAAAAGAGAUGAUAUUUCGUGCUCUGGCUUCAUUUUGUUUCUUUCAUCAGAAGGGAAGUCGGACUAAAUUGAAGUUGCCAGUUGGGUAUUCUGAUCUAGAUUUCAUUAAUGUCGAUCAACACCUUGAAAAGAAAGCAGAUAUAAGAUAGUGAGAACUGCCGAACAUGUAAUAUAUUUUAAUAGACAUGGAGCCUUGUAAUUUUUCACGUUUAUUAUACUUUGUUAUAUGUGGUGGAAUGUUCAUCAACCAAAUAUAAUCAUGUUGCAUGGGUAGCCAAAUAA